AGUGGCAAGCGUGGCAUCCUCUCGUCGAACGUCCUCCUCAGUGACUUCUCAAGGCACCUCAAGAAUGCCAUCUCAAUGAGUAUAAAUAGAUUAAUGGCGGACUCUUCGCUGUGCCUUUUCUCUUCAGACCAUUACCUCAACUCAUCAUCUUCUAAGCAAUCUUGAUCAACGUCUCUUCACUCACAAAAUGGUUAACCUCAUCCGCGCCGCCGGCCUUCUGGCCCUUGUCCCCUUCAUUGCCGCUGCCCCCACUGCUGCUGAGGCGACCGAGCAGAACGUCCCUUUCUCUUUCGAGAAGUGGGCUGAGGACAUCAUUGCCAACCCCAACGGCCAACAUCCUUCCCCCGAGGAGGCCAUGGCUCUCGCAUUUAACCAGACUUCAAGCGACGGUCUUGAGAGACGCCAGCAAGAUGUCAGCUGCACCUUCAACGACAACGACAACGCUGCUUCUGUCGCUGAUGCCGUGUGGUGCAUCGACUUCAUCGCUGCCCGUGCCAAUGUGCAGUGCAAGGCCGUCGUCAGCGCCACUGUCUUCUGCCACCGUGGCCAGGCUCAGAUCGCCGGUGUUGCUACCGGUGGCAACCCUCCCAGGGACACAUCCAGUCCCUGCGGCAAUGUUGCCCGGUCGGCGGGCCAGAUCAUGGACGCUUGCACCCGUGGCAGUCUCGUCUUCGGGCAGAACAACGCUUGGGGCAACGGCAACAUGAGAGUGCACAUCCGUCGCUAGGAAUAUUCCAUACACCUUUUAACAACGUAGGGAAUAAGGGCGGGAAAAUCCAAUUUUGUUGUAC